AUGACAACUACGCCGAUCCACUCACCAGGCACUCCGCAACCCGGCCAAACCGAAGCCAUUCGCGAUGCAAUGAGCUUCUCGAAUCUUCUCACUCCGCACGCCGCGGCUGCUUCUGACGCUGUUGCUGAGGCACCUGUUCUUGCUCCUCCAUCCACUCCCAAGCAUGACGCUUCAUCCGCCAAAGAGGAGGAGGUCAGCAGCCCAGAGUCCGUCUUGUCGAGCAUCGCCGAUGUUGAGGCUGAGGCUGAGGCUGAGAGCAAUGAAGAGACUGCUGAGGGCAUGGACAUCGAUGAGGACGAUCAGAUAGAGCGCGAGUUCAUCUGCAAGGCUGAUGAGUUCACUACCUGCAAGACCGGCCAAUACACGUCAGAUCUCGCUAGGAAAGUGAUCAGUGAUUAUUUCGGGCGUAACAAAGCUUGCACAAGGUUUCUCGGCGAAUGGCCUCUCUUCUGUCGAAAACAUUACCAGCGGGCGACUUACAACAAGGCGCUCUGGCAAAUUCGCAAGAUAAACCUGAUCCUGCGACAAUUCGACAUCAUCGAGAAAGACUUCCCGGGCACCACAUACGACAUCGGUUUAAAGAAGGCCGAAGAGGCUCGGCUGAACGACUAUUCUCGAAAAGUCUCUUCAGGAGUGACAGAGCAGGACGCCAUGGCCGCCGUUGCUCCCACAUCCGGCAAAAACUUCGAGGCGCCUAUCAUGGUUCUGCGAGAGCUCGACCAGUAUCUUGGCAAGAACAAGAACAUCGACGAGGUCAAAGAGGUUGUCAACGUCAUUCUGCAAAUGCUACAAGAGAAGGAUACUGAACAGGUUCCCUCGAUCGAAUUCCUUCCCGUCCUUCCUGGAAAGACGUCCUCGCCCAAGAAAUCAACAGCUAAAUCUCGCUCCGCGAAAUCUUCUCCGGUCAAGUCUCCGUUCAAGAGCACGCCUAGUCGCACUUCCUCCAAGGGCGCGGUCAAGAAAACCACCCAGCAGGCUUAGGCCACUCGUCAUCUGACGUGUCUCCUUUUCCAACCGCCAGCACUGCCCAAGACUUUGUCUCUGAACGAUCUUCUCGACACGACCCACGGUUCCACGACCGACUCAUGUAUCUGUUUCUUUCCCACGCCACCGUCUCUUCACACGACCCUGUCUUCUCUACGCUACACGCUGUCGUCACACAACCUCCUCUACGGUUGUAUCAGUACGCCUCAUGACGCACUGGACAUAUGUAGCCCUGGUGAGUAAGACUUUCUUCCCUAUCAUGAGCUGCAACGUUUUGCGAUUCUGAGACCCGAUCUUUUCUUUUCUUUGUAAUACCCUUUUCUUUCUUCAUCAUGAUCAUGACUGCGGCAUCCCAAGUUUUUACUUUGAUACCAUCUUAUUUCUACCUGUAGCUCGGUAGUCAUUGGCGCGUGGAGGUUUCGAGCGGUGCUCUAAUCUGGACGGUGAUUUCUGUG